AUGGUACAAGGAGACACUCGCUGUAUUGAACAACUUUUGGGACAUCUGGUACAAGGACUACUUAUCCGCAAUAUCCGCACGUCACCAACACCGCAUCCACCAAGGAAGGUCAAGUCCACUCAUUCCUUCGGUAGGAGACAUUCUCAUUGCCGACAAGAAUGUUCCACGUGGGCAAUGGCCUUUAGCCAUCAUAACCACUAUCCACCGCAGCAAAACCAACAUACUCAGAUCAGCAUUGCAAAUGGUCAUGAGUUGCAGAGAUCGAUCAAUCAACUACAUCCAUUGGAGAUUUCUGCAAAGGAAGACCUACGACCGAAGAAGAGCCGCCAACAACUGCAACCUACACGGAUCCAACCACCACGAGCAGCUAAACGGGUACGAUUUGCACUUGGUACGAAGCAAGCGUGA